AGGUUCGAACUUGAGACCUAAAAAUAUGAGUUCCCCCCCAUUUCCCCCAAACAAACUUGAUUACAGUUGGCUAAUUCUUGUACUCAUAUUAUAAAUAGCGAAUCAAUAUACAAACUAGUAGAUCCUUAAAUCAGAAACAAUUAAAAGUAUAAACAGAUCGAAAGAAGAGUAAAUAAAAAUGGAGGGAAAGAAACAGGAGAAACACUUUGUGUUAGUUCAUGGGAUGUGUCAAGGAGCAUGGUGUUGGUACAAGCUCAUACCCUUGCUUAAAAAAGCAGGGCACAAGGUCACAGCACUAGACAUGGAAGCUUCUGGAAUCAACACGAAAGCAAUCGAAGAUGUUCUAAGCUUCGAAGAGUACAGCAAACCGUUGUUAGAUUUCAUGGCAUCGUUGUCUAUUGAUGAGAAGGUCAUCCUUGUUGGGCAUAGCCUUGGAGGAAUGAACAUUGCCUUUGCUAUGGAAAUGUUUCCUGAUAAGAUUUCAGCUGCUGUUUUUUUAACUGCUAUUAUGCCAGAUACUGUACACCAACCCUCUUUUGUUCUGAAUAAGUUUGUUGAGUCGGUCCCUGAAGAUGGCUGGUUUGACACAAAGUUUUGGACAUAUGGUUCUAAACAACAGCCCUUGACAGCAGCUGUCUUUGGACCCCAAUUUCUGCAGCACUGUUUGGCCUUAUCACCUGUCCAGGACUUAGAACUUGCAAAGAGGUUCUCAAGCAACGGUUAUGGCUCUGUUAAGAAAAUCUAUGUGAUAAGCAAAGAAGAUGAAUUAAUUAAUGAGGAAUUUGUACGUUGGAUGAUUGAGAAUAGUGAGGUCGAUCAAGUCAAGGAGGUUCAAGGUGCUGAUCACAUGACUAUGAUCAGUCAGCCACAGUUACUAUGCGACUGCCUUCUUCAAAUUGAAAGUGCACGUUAAAUGAAAACAUGCACUCUUAUAUUGUUCAGGUCAAUAACUAGUUGUAUGGAAUUUGGCCUACCAAGUUUUUACUCGUCAUGAAUAUUUAAGAGGGUCCGGUCCGACGCCAUUGUUGAGUGUUCUCAAUGAAUAAUUGAUAUUAGUCUACUUUUUCUGUUCCACAAAUAUCGCAUUAUGUUGACUUUUAAUUAUGCUAUUCACACAUGAUCUUUGACCAUUUUUUUGUGAUUUUAAUUAUGUGUAAGAAACAAUGUAGUCAUUGGUGUAAUAUUUAAGCGAUGGGGGAUGAAUAAUAUUCAACUACGUACCUUAAUGUGAUUACGUAGUAGUAAAUA